GACUGGGCAGGCGGAUUGGGUUUGGAGUGCCCGGCUUCAUCCUCAACUGCCCUCUCCCCGAGAGAAGUGGCUUAAUUUUGCCGCUGGAUUCAUCUCGUCAAGCCCUCUGGCUCCCUGCAUAACAUUGCCACGAGGGGCGGCAGCAGAGUCACCGAAAGAAAGAUUUAAAGAUGUGCAAGAACGAUGCGGCUAACGAGGCCCGAGCCCGCAGCAAUCAAAUCGACAAGAUAAUCAAGAAGGACAAGAAGAGCGAGAAGGAUACCAACUCCAUCAAAAUCCUGCUGCUUGGCUCGGGAGAGUCGGGCAAGUCGACGAUCCUCAAGCAAUUCAAGCUGCUCUACGGCACUGGCUUCACGGAUACGGACUAUGUGGCCUUUCGCUUGGCUGCCUUGAGCAACCUGGCGGUUUGCAUGAAGAUCCUGAUCAGAGAAGCGAAUGCGCGGAAGCUCCUGCCGCGGGAGCCGACCACGGAUGUGCGGGUCAAUGCGGUGCUCGCCCUUCCGGAUAUUUUCUCCGAGACGCCUGGCGAGCAGAUCGUGCAACCCGAAACGUCUGCGGCAAUCCAGUCGCUAUGGAAGCUCCCAGCGAUCCAGGAGGUCUUUGCGCUCUCGCACGAGUUCCAGCUGCCGGAUUGUUGCGCAUACUUCAUGGACAACUGUGCUCGGCUGUGUGAUGCCAAUUACAAGGUCACCGAGCAGGACGCGCUCUAUGUUCGGAUCAUGACCUCCUCCAUCUCUGAGAAUCGGUUCAGGAUCAACGACAUCGACUACCGCAUAUACGACGUUGGAGGACAGCGAAGCGAGCGCAAGAAGUGGAUGCAUUACUUUGACAACGUCCAUGGCGUGCUGUUUGUGUCGGCAGUAGGGUCGUACGAUCAAGUGAUCAUGGAGGACAGCCAAACGAACAGAAUGGAAGAGUCAAUCAAGGUCUUCGAAACAGUGUGCAACCAUCCACUGAUGAUGAAGAUUCCCAUGCUCAUCUUCUACAACAAAAUCGAUCUGCUCGAGCAAAAGCUCAAGGACCCGACCAAGCCACUGAAAAAGUACUUUCCGGACUUUGACGAACCCAACGACAUGGAGCACGCACAGGGCUACUUCAAGAAAAGAUUCAUCGCAGUCAACCAGUCGCCCGCCCGAAUCAUGUACCACUACUUCACCCAAGCGACCGAUACCAGGCAAAUCAAGACCAUUUUGAACAUGGUGACGCUGUCGAUCAUGCAGCUUGACAUGGCGACAACAGGAAUCAUGUAG